GUCGCUGCGUUUGGCCGCGAAACUAAAGAGCAGCGAAAUUGAGUGAGUACGCCUGCUUUGCUUUCCCUCCCAUCUCUUCGCCAACGGCGGGCUUCACGACCUCAGUCUUCCCACAAUUGCUAACUCCGCCACAUGGACUAUCUCAAAACCGUAGUGCCUUCACAGCUUUUGGCCGAGAGAGGCUCCAAUCUCGUCGUUAUCAACCCAGGAUCGGCAAAUGUUAGGAUAGGUCUUGCACACCAAAAUGCUCCUUUUAGCAUUCCUCAUUGCAUUGCUCGACAUAUACGUAGUUCGGACUCUGAAGGGAGUCAGGGGCCACAGUUAACCAUCAAAGAUCAGAUGCUUGUCUGUCCAGCAACUCCAUCGCAAUGUGCUGAGCGUGAAAAGGCGUAUGAUGCCGUUGCAUCUUUAUUGAAGAUUCCAUUUCUGGAUGAAGAAAAUGCGAACAGUUCAUCUCAUCGCAAGUUUAUGCAGGUCAAUCAUAUUGAUGGAUACCAUCCGCAAAACAGUAAAACUGAUACCCCCUUUUCUUGGACAAACGUGACUGAAAAAAAUCCAAGUUUUACCUUGCCAGUAGAAGAUUCUGAAAAUAAAGAUGCCAAAGAAAAUGUGUCGGAUGAACGGGAUUUAGUGGAAAGUGGGAAAAGAAUGAGUGAGUACAGUUAUAGAGAGUUCAUUUGUGGUGAGGAGGCACUGAAAAUUGCUCCAACCGAUCCAUAUUGCUUGUGCCGCCCUAUCCGCCGAGGUCAUUUUAAUGUCUCUCAGUAUUACUCCUCCCAACAGGUUGCUGAAGAUCUUUUUACCAUUUGGGAUUGGGUACUAAAUGAAAAGUUGCAAAUUUGUUCUGCCAGUAGAAGCUUGUAUUCUGCCAUCCUUGUUGUGCCAGAAACAUUUGAUAGCCGUGAAAUUAAGGAGAUGCUGACCAUCGUCUUGCGAGACCUAAAGUUUGGGUCGGCUGUGAUACACCAGGAAGGUCUUGCUGCUGCCUUUGGAAAUGGACUUUCUACUGCUUGUAUUGUAAGUUUGGGUGCUCAAGUUACAUCAAUUAUCUGCAUUGAGGAUGGAGUGGCUUUGCCUACUUCGUGUGUGACACUUCCUUUUGGUGGAGAGGACAUAUCACGAUGCCUUUUUUGGAUUCAACGUCAUCAUCAAACCUGGCCUGCAAUAAAUACUGACCCUUUGUCAAAACCAGCUGACAUGCUUAUGCUAGAGAGGCUAAAAGAAUCUUAUUGUAGAAUUGUUGAAGGGGAGCUUGACAGUGUGGCCCUGGUUCAUUCUUUUGAGACUGGAAAGCCAGCUGAAGCUCACAAGCUGAGGUUGUUUGCUGUCAAUGUGCCUCCUAUGGGCCUUUUUUGUCCUUCACUUUUAGUUCCAGAUGAACAUCCACCUCCUCCACGUCCUUGGUUUCAUGAUUAUGAGGAUAUGCUAGAAGAUACACUUCAUUCAGAAUUUCCCAGGAGGUCUGAUUUGCCCGAUGCUUUUCUCCUUGGUGGUAAUGGACUUAACAUGUGGGAUAGCUACCCUGUUGCCACUUCCCGGCUUAAGAGGGAAGACAACCUAGGACUUGCUGAAGCUAUAACGAGUAGCAUUAUGUCAACAGGGCGCAUAGACCUCCAAAGAAAGCUGUUUUGUAGUUUACAGCUGAUUGGUGGAGUUGCAUUAACUGAAGGUAUUAUUGGGGCAGUGGAGGAAAGGGUCCUGCAUGCCAUCCCUUCACAUGAAGCUAUUGACACUGUUGAAGUUUUACCAUCAAAGACACAUCCACCAUUCGUUCCGUGGAAAGGAGGAGCUAUUCUCGGAGUCCUUGAUUUUGGACGUGAUGCAUGGAUACAACGUCAAGAUUGGAUUCAAAAUGGUAUCUAUUUAGGAAGUGGCAGGAAGUACAAGGACUCGUUUUUGUUGCAAGCACAAACUAUGUGGUACAUGAAUUGUUGAUAUAGGCAAUCUUUCGAGAAGAAAAUUAUACACGUAUAGAGAAAUUUCUGGGCCUGAACCUUGACUUAUAUACCCAAGGAGCUGUUUUCUUCAUCCUCCAAACCAGUUUGGUUCCAACUUCAAACAAGUUAAAUCGUGAACUCAUUUAACAUAUGAACUCUGCUUCACGAUCAGCAUGUAUUUUUACCUUAUGCAUGUAAUGAGAUAUUUAUAGUGAAAUUAAUGAAAAAACAGUUCAACUUUGCAUUGCUGA